UUCAUUAUGGGUUUACAAAGUUGCUUUCUGAAAAAUGUUAUGGUAGCUUGUCUCGCUUUGGUGCUAAAAACGGGCGCGGAAGAUUGGCAUCAGAAAAAUCUCGCAAUCACCUUUGAAAUAUUGUUGCCACAGUUCCUCGCUGACGAACAUGUAUCAAAAGGCAGCAGCGGAGAAUGUUUAGACCAGAUAAGAGAGUCACAGGCAGAUGGUGAUGCUUUUUUCAGAGUGAUCGACGCCUGGGGGAAGCCAGAGGCGGGACUGACACAAGGCAACGUGUUCUGGUUCGGCAGGCCAUCGCUGUGCAAUGAGAUCCAGAUAAAAGUGAACGAGGAGACAACAGUGACGUAUUCCGACAGAAUCGUCUCCUUUCAACUAAACACGACUAUUCUAGGAAGUGCCAUUCCGGUGAAUCUUGAUGCGUGUCUUCCCGAAGCAUGCAACGCAGAUGACACAAACUGGAUUGUAAAAAGUCUUUUUUUGACAAUCUCUGAAGCUCUGAACACUACUCUAGCUCUGGAAAACGUUUCAACGACAUUGGCAGAUCCUGGCCUUCUGGAUUUCAUGUUCUACUUCACUGUUUCUCUGUUCGGAACCUUGGUAGUUAUUGUUCUGGUGGCGACAUUAUUCGACUACAGUUCUGCUUACAGCAAGGAAUGUCUGGCCAAUCGUGACUGGGUGGCAAUGAAGGAUCCAACCGAUACUAUGGACCUAGAUUUGGAUGAUGAUCUCCAGGCACUGCACCAAGAGUUCUCUAUGGGAAGCUCGGCAUCUAGGUCUAAGUUUGUCUUGCAUCGACUAUUUCGAGACCUGGAGGAAAGCCUUUGCGGUCUCCUUCUGAAUGCGUUCUCACUGAGAGCUAACAUCCCCAUGUUGCUUUCAUGCAAGAGUAACUCAGCCAGUAUUGACUGUCUCAACGGUAUCAGGGUCCUAAGCAUAAACUGGGUUGUUUUGGGACAUACACUUUUAUUCACAGGAGUGUUUUUUGUCCCAAUCUCACCUGUGGAUAAUCUAUUCCAAUUGCUCAACGAGUAUGCCAGCAAAUGGACGUUUCUGGCAGUUUCAAACGGCACCUUUUCAGUUGAUACAUUUUUCCUUCUAAGUGGCUUUCUCGUCACUUAUCUGUGUCUGCCGCGGUUGCCGGGCAUGCGAAGGAACAGCGGGAGUCAAGUUGACAGCCUUCCGCAGCAGAGUAGGCUUUCUUCAGACAGUCACAUUUUGUUCUGGACUCUCUACAUAGUAAAAAGAUAUAUCCGUCUCGCUCCAGCAUUAAUCUUCAUGACUCUAUUUACUGUCGGUGUUUGGAAAGUUCUUGGCAAUGGAAUUGGGGCUAUGUGGCAGCCAUAUGAACAGCAAGUUUCUGUCUGCGAAAGCAACUGGUGGACUAACUUCGUUUUUGUGAGUAAUUUCCCAAAUGUGUGGACUCCUUGCAAUGGAUGGACUUGGUAUCUGGCCAAUGAUUUCCAAUUCUACAUUUUCUCUAUUAUUCCGUUUAUUUUGUUCAUUUUGUUCAAAUCUGCAAUUCCUGCCUCGCUCUUGGUGUUUCUCUGCAUUUCCCUAUCAGCAAUCGGCUCUUUCUUCUUCGCGUGGAUUAAACACAUCGGACCCACUGUGUUUGUGGGAUACCAGAACCAACCAAAUAUUCCCCACUAUCAGAACUCAUUUGCUAUUACGUUUGGAGACUAUUACGUAAAGCCUUACUUUAGAUUCGGGGCAUAUGGAGUCGGAUUGUUGCUAGGAUUCUUGUCGUACUCUUGUCCUCCUGGAUCGGUUAAAAUGAGCAAGAAACUGAAUUGUGUGGGUUGGUUGGUGUCCAUAGCUCUCAUGGCGGGGGUGAUUUUUGGACUAUCUGAGAUGCUGUACGGAUACUUUCCUUCCUUUUUUUUAUCCGCUCUGUACAACUCAACAGCGAGGAUUCUCUGGGCUGUUGGAGUUGCCUGGGUCAUGUUCGCCUGCAUGCAUGGCUACGGUGGAAUAAUCAACUCAUUCCUUUCGUGGAAGAUUUGGAUCCCACUUGCAAGACUCACUUAUUUGGUCUACUUGUUGCACCCGUUGAUGAUUGUAUUUGCAACUGCCUCGUCUCAGACUCAAUUUCACUAUAACAACUACAACUACGCCGCCAGUUAUGUGUCGGUACUGACAUUCACUUAUGCACUGGCAGCGGUGGCUUAUUUGCUGGUCGAAUUGCCAGUCAUCAAAAUUGAAAGAGCUCUACGAAACAGAUUCUCAGCCUCGAAUUAGCAUUUUGCACCAUUCUACACACUUUGUAUUCUAAUAUCAAUAUCUAUUAUCAACCAAAUUUGUGCUUUCUCGCCUCAUCUGCGAUGAGCAGAAAAAAAUCACUUGAAGAUGAUUUUUUUUUGUAGUAUAUCAAAAUGAAGUUAAAUUGAAAACGAUCAUUUUCCUAAUGUUAAUUUGCUGAUUGCGCUAAUUGCUGCUUCGUAGUCUCGAUCUAUAUUUUUGUACGGAGAAUAUAACAAAAUUUUUAUGAAUUAUUUCUGCAGAUUUGCGAAUUUCUACAAUAAUCAUAAUAAUGUAUAUAAAUGUGUGAUCCCUUCUUGAUUAAAAAUCAGAUGUAUAUCGUUGUUUGAAAGUAGCCUCAAAAAUAUCUAGUCAUUGUUUUCA